AUGCAACGCAAACAUUACCUUCCUAUUCCCGUGAACACACUCAGUAGAAGAUGCUACCUCAUAGAACCUCCCAGAAAAGCCCAUGACCAACGCAACCUUCUUACUGGUGAUAGCAUACAGGAUAUUGUUGCUGUUAAGAAAUUUUUACAUCAUGAAUUCAGAAUCAAAGAUUUGGGAAACCUCAAAUUUUUUCUUGGUUUUGAAGUUGCUAGAUCACAGCAGGGUCUUAUUCUGAACCAGAGAAAAUAUUGUUUGGACAUCUUGGCCGAAUUUGGUUUCACCGGUUGCAAGCCUGCCAACUCCCCUUCGAAUCCUACUGUUAAACUCAAGGAUGAUGAAGGUGAUCUUGUUCAAGAUCCUACUGCUUACAGGAGAUUAAUUGGUAAACUGCAGUAUUUAACAAACACUCGUCCUGACAUUUCCUUUGCUGUUCAGCAAGUUAGUCAGUUCAUGUCCAAGCCAAGAUACUCUCAUCUAAAUGCUGCGUUCAGGAUCUUGAAAUAUCUCAAAGGAUGUCCCGGCUUAGGUCUUUUCUAUCCUUCUGCUAAUCCUCACAGAAUUCAGGCCUUUUCUGAUUCAGAUUGGGCUACUUGCUGUAUCACUAGAAAAUCCACUACUGGUUAUUGUGUCUUCUAUGGUAAUUGUCUUAUCUCCUGGAAAUCCAAGAAGCAAUCCACAGUUUCUAGGAGCUCUACUGAAGCUGAAUAUAGAGCUUUAGCUUCUGUUGCUUGUGAACUGCAGUGGUUAAAGUAUGUUGCUGAUGACUUGUGUCUCCAAAUUCCACUCCCAUUUCCUACUUUUUGUGAUAAUCAGUCUGCCAUUCAGCUGGCUAAGAAUCCAUCUUUCCAUGAACGAACCAAACACAUUGAGGUGGAUUGUCAUCUUAUUCGUGCUAAGAUUCUUGAUGGGCUCAUUGUUCUUUCUCAUGUUCCUUCGAAGCAUCAAUUGGCAGACAUGUUCACUAAGUCACUUUAUCCCGGGCCUUUCAAUGUUAAUUUGUCUAAGAUGGGCUUGCUGAAUAUUCACCACCCAUCUUAA